AUCAAUAUUGUUUUGUAAAUCAUGAAAUCAUUUUCAGUUUUUCUUUUGCUUAUCAGACUCUUAACAGUCAAUGUGGUCAGUUUUGCUGCAAGGCCUGCAGUAAUCAGUAUGGGAGCUGCAUUUCCCUUCAAUUCUACCUAUGGAAGAGUUGCAUCUACUGCCAUCCAAGCCGCGGUUGCUGAUGUUAAUGCCGAUCCCAAAGUUCUCAAAGGAUCGAAGCUAACCCUUAGUAUGCAUGACACCGAAUGCAAUGGUUUCAUUGGCAUGAUUGGAGCUUUGGAGUUCAUGGAGAACGAUGUCGUCGCCAUUGUUGGUCCUCAGUGUUCUUUGAUGGCUCAUAUUAUCUCGCAUAUCGCCAAUGAACUCCAUGUCCCUCUUCUGUCUUAUGGUGCUACCGAUCCGACGCUCUCUAUACUUCAGUUCCCUUACUUUGUGCGCACUACUCAGAGUGAUGGUUUUCAGAUGCAAUCCAUAGCUGAGAUCAUUGAUCACUAUCAAUGGAGGCAAGUGAUAGCUAUCUUCAUUGACGAUGAGAAUGGCCGCAAUGCCAUAUCGGCCUUAGGUGAUAAACUUGCACAAAGACGUUGCAUGAUCACUUUCAAAGCUGCAUUGCCGCCUAACCCAACCCGUAACAAUAUAACCGAUUUGCUGAUCAAGGUUGGAUUGCAAGAGUCUCGUGUCAUAGUUUUACAUGCAAACCCGACGGACGGCAUCACCAUCUUCUCCGUAGCAAACUAUUUACAAAUGACAGAUUCAGGCUAUGUAUGGAUAGCAACAGAUUGGCUUGUCGCUCUAUUGGAUUCGAGAGGACCACUUGAUCAACAAACCAUGGACAGUAUACAAGGUGUCGUCUCACUGAGAAUGCAUACUGCAGACUCGGCGAGGAAGGCCGCAUUCACUUCACGAUGGAGCAAGUUGGUCAGAAAAUACUCUGGCCCUAAUGUUCGUCUUAAUUCUUAUGGUUUCUAUGCUUAUGAUAGUGUGUGGAUACUUGCAAGAGCACUGGAUGAGUUCUUUAAUGAUGGUGGUUUAAUUUCAUUCUCUAAUGACUCAAAUUUGAGUGGAGAGGAUGAUGCUGCAAAUUUGAAUCUUCAAGCAUUGAGUGUGUUUGAUGGAGGUAAGCUUCUAAUUGAUAAGAUCAGGAGGAUUAGCAUGAAAGGUCUCACAGGUUUGGUUCAAUUUGAUCAAGAUGGAAAUCUUAUUCAUCCUGCAUUUGAUAUUUUUAAUGUGGUUGGUUCUGGUCUUAAAAUGAUUGGUUACUGGUCCAAUUACUCUGGUUUAUCGGUCAUUUCUCCUGAAAAACUAUAUAAUUUGCCUCCAAAUAGAUCAAGUGUAAACCAGAAGCUUAAAAAUGUGAUUUGGCCUGGAGACACAGUCAUUCAGCCAAGAGGUUGGGUGUUUGCUAACAAUGGGGAGGAGUUGAAGAUUGGAGUGCCUAAUAGAGUUAAUUUUCAAGAAUUUAUAUCGAAAGACUCGAAAACUGGCACAGUGAAAGGUUAUUGUGUCGAUGUUUUUGUUGCUGCAGUGAACUUACUGCCUUAUCCUGUUCCUUAUAAGUUCGUAACUUAUGGUGACGGCAUCAAGCCACCAAACUAUGAUGAGAUUCUCUACAAGGUUGCAAACGAGGAGAUUAAUGGAGCUGUAGGAGACUUUUCCAUUAUCACAAACCGAACGAUGAUCGUUGAUUUCACUCAACCGUUUAUUGAAUCCGGUCUCGUUGUUGUUACUCUUCCCAAGAAAUCUAUUAGCACCAAUCCUUGGGCAUUUGCAAAGCCAUUCACUGCAAAUCUCUGGUGUGUCACCGGAGCUUUCUUUAUUCUUGUUGGGGUGGUUAUCUGGAUACUUGAACGUAGAGAAAACGAGGAAUUUAAUCAUCAUGGUGAACCAAUGAAACAGAUUGUUACCAUCUUCUGGUUUAGCUUUUCGACAUUGUUCUUUACACACCAAGAAGAGGUUGCAAGUAUCCCAGGGCGCAUGUUCUUGAUUAUAUGGUUGUUUGUGGUGCUGAUCAUUCAGUCGAGCUACACAGCGAGUUUGACAUCAAUACUAACUGUGCAACAACUUGUAUCGAACAUUCAAGGAAUCGAUUCAUUGAUAGCUAGUGGUUAUCCUAUUGGAGUCCCUGUAGGAUCGCUUGCUGAAAAUUACCUGGUGAAAGAGCUUAACGUCCCAAGAUCAAGGGUCCAAGCUCUUGCUUCCCCUGAUGAAUAUGCUAGAAGCCUUGAGCUUGGUCCUGACAAUGGAGGUGUUGCUGGUCUUGUGUAUGACAGAGCCUAUCUUGAGAUCUUUCUAUCAACUCACUGCCAGUUCACCACUGUUGGCUCUGAGUUUACUAAAGCUGGUUGGGGAUUUGCAUUUCCAAGGGAAUCUCCGUUAGCGACUGAUUUAUCGACGGCUAUUCUUCAGCUCUCCGAGAAUGGAGAUUUGCAAAAGAUUCGGGAUAAAUGGCUGACUAUAAGUUCUUGUACCAUUACAAAAGAUGAACUCGAGUCUAAUCGGCUUCAUUUGAGAAGCUUUUGGGACUUGUUUCUCAUCAGUGGAUUAUCUUGCAUCAUCGCUCUCAUAAUUUACUAUUUCUUGUUGGUCUAUAAAUACAUUUCAUCCAACACGGAAUAUAGUUUCCGUGGGUUUCUUACUUUCGCCAAUAAGAUGCCUGAUAACGGGGAUAAAAAGGAGGAGAAGAGUUGAAGCAUGCUUUGCUUAGAGGGAAUGUGUUUGUAUUUGCUUUAUCUCCAUGCUGGAUAACUAUCUUAGUAUAAAUGUCUAAUACCAAAGGCAGUUUGCCACAAUGUUUUGAGGGGCUUAU